CGGGUUCGAUUAAAUCAGUCAGCCAGUGUCCUCUGCUUCGGUACAUCAAGCGCAAAAUCCUUUAAACGCGAAACAGUGUGACAGUGAGUGUGUGCUUGAGCUGUUUUAAACUCGAAAAGUGAUAAUACAAAAUUUGUAUCAAAAUGUUCAAAGUGGUGUUUUCCCUGCUCGCACUAGCUGCCGCCCUUGCUUUGGCUGCCCCAGCUGCGGACGAUGCUUCGGCCAACAUUCUGACGCACGAAUCGCGCCUUGAACCGGACGGUGCCUACUCGUACAAAUACUCCACCAGCAACGGAAUUCAGGCAGAAGAAAGCGGCAUCGGAGGACAGUCGGUGCAAGGGUCGGCUUCGUGGGUCGGUGACGAUGGUGUACCGAUCGUGCUGACCUACACCGCCGACGAGAAUGGAUUCCAUCCGCAGGGUGUCCAUCUACCGACGCCACCACCCAUUCCGGACUAUAUCCUGCGGGCGCUACGAUACAUCGAGGCAAAGCAGGCAAGCCAGAACGGUGGCAAGUAAACACGAGCGAGCGAGGAUGUCCAUGAAGACGUUAACUGCCAGCCACGAAAUGAUCGUAACGGUCACUCCAUCAUCACCACCACAUCAUACUGGACACAUUAGUGAUAAAACAGAACCAGAAAAUACUCGAUGCACAUUUGUAUAAAAGAAAUAUAAAAAAACCCUUUUAAUUGUA